AUAAAACUAAUUUUACCUCGGUGCUACACCUGCUCUGCCUAGCCUGGUUAACGGUUCCUGUGUUGACAUUAUUCUUCAACAACUUGCAAUAAUGACACAGGUGGAGUAAGCGCUUUUAACGUCAUGAUGAAGUAUCUGGUACUUGUGACCUUUUUGUCUCCUUGUUGGGUCAAUUGUGCGAUUAAAUCAAGGGCCACCGAGGAAGAAACACGGGAAAAUGACACAGAGUUCGAGGCUCUGAGCUCAUUGCUGUCUGACUUUGAGGUGCUGCCCGUGUCCGGCCUCCAGCAGCACUCACUCAGGAAGAGGGACGUCCACACAGAGUCCCAGCUGGAGCGCAUUGUCAGCUUCAGUGCCCUCAAGAGACAUUUUAAGCUUUACUUGACAACUAACACAGACUUGUUCACUGAGGACUUCAAAGCUGUGUUUGUAGAUAAGCAAGGGAAGGAAGACCGCUAUGAUGUUCAGCUGCAGAACUACUUUACUGGACAUCUUGUAGGCGAGGAGCACUCCCGUGUUCAGGCACACAUAGACGGGGCCGAGUUCUCGGCACACAUCCUGACAGAGGAGACAGAGUACAACGUAGAGCCCCUUUGGAGGUUCACCGAGGUGCCCCCCGAUGGCCGUCUGUUGGUAUAUCGCUCUGAGGACAUCCGGAACCUCAGUCGCCUGGCCUCGCCCAAGGUGUGUGGAUACAUCCACGCUGGGGCCCAGGACCUGCUACCAGAGGCCGCCAGAGGUGGAGAGGCACGGGAGGAUUCCCUCCACAGAGAGAAGAGAGUGACCCACAACCACAAGAAGAACACCUGUCCUCUAGCCCUGGUGGCCGACUACCGCUUCUUCAAACACAUGGGCCGCGGAGAGGAGAGCAUUACACUCAACUACCUGAUUGAGUUGAUUGACAGAGUGGACGACAUGUACAGGAACACAACCUGGGAUGAUGAGUUUACAGGAUACGGUGUUCAAAUCCAACAGAUCAUCAUCAACAAGGAGCCGACCAGAGCGCCGCUUGGCCAGGCUGGGCCGGACUGGACCCACUACAACAUGAAUGGAAGCCCCAUCCAAGGCAAGGAGGUGUGGGACGUCAAGAAACUGCUGGAACAAUUUAGCACGGACAUAGCGGACAAUGCUAGCACUGUGUGCCUUGCCCACCUGUUCACCUAUCAGGACUUUGAUGAGGGGACACUGGGCUUGGCUUACGUGGCCCCUUCUAAAGCCCAGGCUAUGGGGGGCCUCUGUCCUAAACCUUUCUUUCCAUCUAGUUCCGUUAAGAACCCCAGUUUCCUCAACACUGGUUUAACCAGCACUAAGAAUUAUGGCAAAACCAUUCUAACCAAGGAAGCAGAUUUGGUGACAACCCAUGAGCUAGGCCACAACUUUGGAGCUGAGCACGACCCUGACAGCAUGCACUACUGCGCCCCUAGCGAUGACCACGGGGGCAAGUUUGUCAUGUACCCCAUCGCUGUGAGCGGGGACCACUACAAUAACAAGCGUUUCUCCAACUGCAGUAAGAUCUCCAUAGGGAAGACGCUGCGCCUCAAGGCUCCCAUCUGCUUCAAGGAGAGGAACAGCAAGGUGUGUGGUAACCUGCGCGUUGAGGAAGGGGAGGAGUGUGACCCGGGCCUGCUGCACCUCAACGACGACCAGUGCUGCUCCACCGACUGCAAGUUCAGGCCCGAGUCCCAGUGCAGUGACAGGAACAGUCCAUGCUGUAAGAACUGCAAGUUUCAGCAGGCAGGCAAGCCGUGCCAGGAGCCAAUCAACGCCACCUGUAAGGGCAUGUCCCUCUGCACAGGUAAGAGCAGUGAGUGCCCAAACCCAGACAACGCUCCGGACAAUACCAUCUGUGUGGACAGUGGGAGGUGCAGCGACGGGGAGUGCAUGACCUUCUGUGAAGCUGUGCAGAACCUGCAGCCCUGUGCUUGUAAUGAGCUGGUCAAUUCGUGUAAGGUCUGCUGCCGGGACAAAAAUGGCACCUGCACUCCCUUCGUCAAAAAGGACAAGAACUUCCUGUACCUGCGCAAGGGGAAACCCUGCACCGUGGGCUUCUGUGAUGAGGGCGGCAAAUGCAUGAAGCAAGUCCAGGAUGUGAUCGAGAGGUUGUGGGAUUUCAUCGACAAGCUGGACAUCAACACUUUCGGGAAGUUCCUGGCAGACAACAUCGUGGCCUCAGUGGUGGUGUUCUCUCUGAUUUUCUGGAUCCCUCUCAGUAUCCUGGUGCACUGUGUGGAUAAAAAUCUGGAGAAGGAGUAUGAGAACAUCAAGCCCAGCAAAGCAGAGAUGCUGAGCAGCCUCGAGACUGCCUCUGUCGUCGUCAUCAAGGCACCUACGCCUCCAACCUCCUCCUCCGGCACUCGGAUUCUUCUCCACUCCCUCCCUUCUCUACCCCCAACGGGCCCACCUGCCUCAGGCAGCAUCAGUGCCCCAGGCUUGUCUUCUGGCCCGGGAAGUGGGGUGGUCAUGGUGGGGGAGGGCCCGCGGAUGGCCACCAUACAGGAGGAUCCCAGCUGCGAUUCUCACCUCGACCCGGAUGAUGACGACUUCCCUCCACCCGGAGGCUCCAACGCCACCAAGUCGUCUUACGAGGACCUGACGGCAGAGUGGAGCAUGCCACGGUCGGGCAGCCACGACAAGCCCCGCCUCGAGGCAAACCUGUAUGGUGAACAGUAAAGAGUCCCAGUGCUGAGGAAACAUGUUUGUACAGUGGGGCAAAAAAGUAUUCAGUCAGCCAUCAAUUGUGCAAGUUCUCCCACUUAAAAAGAUGAGAGAGGCCUGUAAUUUUCAUCAUAGGUACACUUCAACUAUGACAGACAAAAUGGAGAAAAAAAAUCCAGAACAUUACAUUGUAGGAUUUUUAAUGAAUUUAUUUGCAAAUUAUUGCAAAAUUCUUAAGUAUUAAAAGUAAAUAGUUUCAAAUUCCUUAUAUUAAGCAAAGCACAGGGCACCGUUUUUUAGGAUUGUUAUUUUUAUUAUUUACAUUUUUUACACGGAUAGCCAGGUGCACACAUCACUUACAAAUGAAGCAUGUGUUUAGUGAGUCCGUCAGAUCAGAGGUAGUAGGGAUGACCAGGGAUGUUCUCUUGAUAAGCAUUCAAAAUGUAACAAGUACUUUUGGGUGUCAGGGAAAGUGUAUGGAGUAAAAAAGUAUGUUUCUUUAGGAAUGUAGUAAAGUAAAAGUUGUCAAAUAUAAAUUGUAGAGUACAGAUACCCCCCAAAAACUACUUAAGUAUUACUUUCAAGUAUUUUUUUACUUUACACCACUGCCCAAAUUAUUUUAUUUGAAGUUGGUGUACAGACGCAAAAAUGAAACUUAAGAACAGGAAGCAUAGAAAUAGCGCACCUAGGACAGAUCUACUGCUUCUUAGACUUGCUUUCAAUUAUGACAGAUUUGUAAACACGCAUUUCUAUGUGAAUUUGGACGGGUUGCCCAAAAAACAAAUAUAGUGCAGCUUUAAUUGUUAGCCAGAAAUGAUUAAAAAUGACUGCAUUGGACCUUGUUAAUGUCAUCUUUCCAUUGUCACGUCAGUAAGACAAUGUUUUUAAUUAUUUGCCUUUUAUUUCUGAUAUUCCCGUGUUUUUUACCUUGUUAAUUGGUUGUGAAUAUGUGUCUAGUCCUUAUUACCAUGGUUUGUCUUCCAAGUUUGAACUUCAUCUGUUUGAAAUUUUGGCAAUUAUUUUGGGUGAUGCCUAACAUUACUACUAUCGACAAAGUCAUUCAGCUGUGAAAUGGAUGCCAAAGGGUAUUGUUAAAAAGUUUGUAAUGUUGCAGAGGAAGGAACUUUUUCUAGUAAUUGCAACCAAACAGGCACUGAGUGUCAGGCUGUGUUUACACGGGCAGUCUAUUUCUGAUCUUUUGCCAAUAAUUGGUCUUUUGACCGAUCAGAUAUUUUGCCCAUAAUUGAGCAAAAGAUCAGAAUUGGGCUGCCUGUGUAAACGAAGCUAGUAGUUAGGCUGGGCUGGAUACUUGGUCAAAUCGGAGCGCUUCAUCGGACCUUGGCCUACCGAACAUCAAUUUAUCUGUUCUACUGUGUGUCUCCACUGAAGUAUUGGUUCUGUUUCAUUUGUAAUGAAAUAAUGAUGAACCGUUUUGAUAUUUGUGUAUGGCCUUAUGCUGGUACAAUGGGCUAUUAAUCUUUUCAUCUUCAAUCUGAAGUUUGCAAUUCAUGCAAGUCAUUUAUUUGACAAUUUACUCAAAACAUUGGAUGAUGAGGGACUGUUAGAGCAGUGCAGACAUUCUAUGCAGUCAGAAGUUUGUAGACCAACUUCUGUUUUUUUAAUCUGAAAAAAAGACUAGUGCCUUAUUUCAUAAGUUGAGUAUUUUUGUUGUAUAUCUCACCUCAUUUCUGUAGUUAUACAGUGGCUUCAGAAAGUAUUCACACCCCAUUCACCUUUUCCACAUUUUGUUGUUACAAAGUGGGAUUCAAAAGGUUUAAUUGCCAUUGUCCAAAGAAAAAAAAACAAUGAAAAAUCAAAUACUAAUAUGUUGAAUUAGUAUUCAACCCCCUGAGUCAAUACAUGUUAGAAUCAACGUUGGUAGUGAUUAAAGCUGUGAGUCUUUAACAGCUUUCCACACCUGGAUUCUGCAACAUUUACCCAUUUUUUAAAAUGUAUUAUUAUUUUUUUAAAUUCUUCAAGCUCUGUCAAAUUGGUGGUUGUUCAUUCCUAGACAACCAUUUUUAGGUCUUGCCAUAGAUUUUUGGUCACUCAGGAGCAUUCGGUCUUCUUGGUAAGCAACUCCAGUGUAGACUUGACCUUGUGUUUUAGGUUAUUGUCUUGCUGAAAGGUAAAUUCAUUUCCCAGUGUCUGUGGGAAAGCAGACUAAACCAGGUUUCUCUCUAGGAUUUUGCCUGUGCGUAUCUCCAUUCAAUUUUGCGUAUCUCCAAGUUACAAGCAUACCCAUAGCAUGAUGCAGCCAUCACUAUGCUUGAAAAUAUGGAGCGUGGUACUCCAAACAACUUCUUGUCCUGAAUACGAAGUGUUAAUUGCUUUAUCACAUUUAUUUGCAUUAUUAUUUUAGUGCCUUGUUGCAAAUAGGAUGCAUGUUUUGGAAUAUUUUUUAUUCUGUACAGGCUUCUUGUCACUCUGUCUAUUAGGUUAGUAUUGUGGAGUAACUACAAUGUUGUUGUCAUCUUUAGUUUUAUCCUCUCACAGCCAUUAAUCUCUUAACUGUUAUAAAGUCACCAUUGGCCUCAUGGUGAAAUCCCUGAGUUAGGUUAGGACACCUGUAUCUUUGUAGUGACUGGAUGUAUUGAUACUCCAUCCAAAGUGUAAUUAAAAACUUCACCAUGCUCAAAAGUAUAUUCAAUAUCUGCUUUUUUAUUUUUACCCAUCUACCAAUAGGUGCCCUUUUUUUGGAAAACCUCCCUGAUCUUUGUGGUUGAAUCCGUCAGCGAUGACGCAGUCAUUGAAAAAUCAUGUUGCACAUGGCACUUAUGUGACUUAUGCACCUUUUUACUCCUGAACUUAUUUAGGCUUGCCAUAACAGGUUGAGUACUUAUUGACUCAAGACAUUUCAGCUUUUCAUUUAAUUCAUUUGUAAAAUAUACAUUUUUUAACCUGUGUGUAGGCCAGUGAUGACAUUCAAUUGAAUCCAUUUUAAAUUCAGGCUGUAACAUAACAAAACCUGGAAAAAGUCAAGGGGUGUGAAUACUUUCUGAUGGCAUUGUAUGUCCUGUAAGCAAAGGGAAUAUGUCUAUCACCCAGCUGGAACUCAUGUUUACUAAUGUUAGCUGGCAUGGGAAGUGUUGUCCUAAGCACCACUUGGUGUUGGAGUAUUCGUGUGCCAAUGAUAAAUGAAUACAUAUCGGCUUGUGGAACGUUACGCUAAAAUAUAGUUUUAUAUUGUCUGUUCACCGUUUCCUGUAUAUUAGGCAAUAAGUACUUCUAUAUGUUCAGUCUGAUGAAAGGGAGAAUAUGUGUCUUGCUUGUGGGUCAAGGGCAUUCUGCAGCUUUGCUAUGACUUUGAACUAGUAUGGUCUGGAUACAUCUUUAGCAUGUACCUAAGUCCAUAGUAUUAGCUCUGUAGGAGAUGUGAGGGGGAAACUCCUUGAAUCACAUAUUCUUCCUGUGUCCUAUGUUUCAUUUUCAGGGUGUAUUAAAUUAGCUGGAUGAAUAAAUAAAUGCCUCUAUGCUAAUAAAUGUGUACACCAACUUGAAA